AUGUUUAACUUUUUUCAACUAUUUUCGUGAAUUUCGUGAUAAAUAUUAAGUGAUAAGAGCAAAUUCAAGUCGUUUCCCAACUCCCGCCGUCAUUCCCGCAGCCGGGAAAGUGGGAAACCGUGGGAAACUGCGUUCAGAUCCACGAAAGACGAGGCUGAAUCCUCGGAAAGGAUUCUUCCUUUACCUUCCCCUUAAAAGGAUCCUUCUGCAUGCUCCGGGAACCAAUCAACAAACCUAGAAACAUCCCUAGAGAGCGCAGAAAACCGUGACCGAGAUCCGGUAGUUUCGGCAAGCAUCAAGGUUCGUGAUUCUGCCAGACUGUUGCACUAACGAUCGAAUUCUCUUUCCAGUCAUCAUCACGGCAAUUAUGAUUACGGAUAGCACAGAUACGAAGAAACGAACAGAUUGCAUCUAAUCAGUUGCGUAUAACCUCUUCGUCGACGACACUUCUGCGGCUGGUCAAUAAUUUAGGCAACAAAAACCUUUCUAAACCGUCAAAAUGGCUGCACUACCGCCUCGGAAAAACCCUACUCCGACGAAGAUCUCCAAGCAACAUCUUUCGCCGAUGCAAAUACUGCUGCAGAUGGGAUUUCCAAAGCAUCGUGCAGAAAAGGCGCUGGCAGCUACUGGAAAUCGGGGCGUACAGCUAGCAUCCGACUGGUUGCUGGCACACGUAAACGAUCCCUUUCUUGACGAAUGUGCACCUCGCGAGUACAUACUUUACGUUUGUCCCACCGGGCAAUUCCUACAGCAGCUGGAACGGUUCUGGGAACAGUCGAGGGAAACUUGUGGCUGGAAUGGAGCGCACAACUUUACUCCACACAUCACCUUAGUGUCCUUUUUUAAAGCCCCGGACGAAUGUGCUCCCCAGCUUUCCAAGGCCCUAAAAGAGCUCAUGAAUCUUCCGGGCGCCCGGCUUGAUCGACCCAUCGCCUUGGAACUUUAUACGAGUCCGAACUUUAUGGGAUUUUUCGUAGCCGAGGAUGAUGCCAACUACUUGAAGCGACUCGCGCUGCAGUACGUGAAGGAAGUGUCCCAGUCAAUAAUUAGUGACACGUAUGAGCAGCUAGAUGCACUGGUAACCUGUUUCCCAUGGUGUGGGGGAGUAACUUCAGCUCGAUGCAUACCACGUAGCAGUCGAUCAAUCUCGCUGGAGCCUCAUGUUAAAUCGUUACAUUUGACACUGGCAUACCAGUUUCCCUCGGCACAAUUCAAUGCGUUGAAGACUAUGGUCGAGAAGCUGGAUACAUCAUGUUCGGAAGCGAAUUGGGAACUACGGCUUUACUCCCGCGAUCCGCGGCUUGCCUCCAAGCAAGUACACAAGGUGCUCUAUCCGCACACGCCCCGAGAACCGGACGAACUGGAGCUGCGCAUCGGUGACUAUAUCUAUUUGAACCCUGAAGCGAUUCAAGCCUCCUCUGAUGGUUGGGUUGAGGGUAUGUCUUGGCUAACCGGUACCAAUGGCUACUUGCCGGAAAACUACACAGAGCGUACGGCCGAAUCGGAUGCUUGGACGAUGCAUCGCACCGUACCCCUGUGCGAUGUGAAAGCAAUUGAAGAUGCCUUAGACACUGUCGAUGGGGCGUGUAUUGAACCGUCUGCAUCGCAAAACCUAGGAUCAGUCGUUAAUGAUGUGACGUCGCAAGAAACAAUCUCCAUAGGCCACGGAGAAUCAGAAGGCGAGCAGGCAUCGGCGAUAAACGCAGCGUUGAGCGCAGAACCUCAGACGGAAAUUCCCGCCAAAGAUCUAGGAAGAGACAAAAUGUUCGGCAGUGCGAAAAAUCUGGAUGAUGUCCCGUUAGAGAAACUUCAUGAGCUGGUGAAAAAGCGAACCACGAUGCAGGUGAUUCCUGGGGAUGGCUCAACUCGUUCCGAAGCAUCCAUUAAACAGAGUGCCGGAAAUCGCAAAGUGUAUGUAAUGCGUCAUGGCGAGCGUAUUGAUUUCACUUUCGGUACGUGGGUACCGUAUUGUUUCGACGAAGCAGGAAACUACAUACGCAAAGAUCUCAACAUGCCAAAAAUAUUGCCUGCACGAAAACCAACUCUCUGGCAGAGAGACUCGCCACUUACUAACGUAGGGCGGUAUCAGGCACGGCUAGUUGGAGAAGGCAUGAAGGAUGCCGGUGUUGAAAUCGAUACGGUGUACAGCUCGCCAUCGUUCCGGUGCAUUCAAACUGCCACUUCAGUCCUGGAAGGUUUGGGCUUAAAAGGUUCACUGUCAAUUCGCAUUGAACCCGGCCUAUUUGAGUGGUUGGCAUGGUAUCAAGAUGGAUUUCCCGAGUGGCUGUCCAGGGAGGAAUUAACCGCUGCCGAUUACAACAUUGCAACAGAAUAUGUGCCGAUAACCAGUGUAGAACAUCUGAAAGAGUGCUCGCAAGAAAAGCUGGACGAAUUCUAUCUUCGCAACUCGUCUACUGCAGAAAAAAUUAUCAACAGCACACCAGAAGGAAACAUUCUAAUUGUUGGACAUGCCACUACUCUUGACACCUGCACUCGUUUUAUUGUUGGCGAAAAGCUGCGGUCGACCAGUGAAAUGGCAAGGAUCAUGCAAAAAGUUCCUUAUUGCAGUAUGGCUGUUAUGGAAAAGGAGACGCCAGAUACUAGUACCGGUGAUGAUGCGGGACACUGGAAACUUACCGAACCACCCUGUGAUCCAGUCACACAUACCAACAAUAACCGAUUUGAUUACAAAAUACUCACUACACCGCUUUAGGAGCUUCUAGUACAUCUGAUUAUAUUGUUGAUUGUAUUACCAACCGAACCUGGACGACCUAAUAUUUAUUUACCCUGUAUAUUAGAGAAUACAAUGUUAUUAAUUGAUUACAUGCAUCGUAUGAAUUAUUAAGUUGUAAGGUAUGAAAUGCAGCAAACGUCGUGUUAUUUAUUUCAAUCGCACACGACGUCAUGAGUGUUUUGUGUGACGAAAUUUUGGUUAAAACACAAGACGGGGAAUAUCUGAUGUAACUAGACGUAACAAUUACAUUACAACAAAUCAUAUAGCUCCUUAAAACGGAUUAUCAAAGAACCAUUAUAGCCCCGCUGUUCGAAUUACUAGCAAAACCUUGCUCUCAGCUAUUUUUUUUAUCAAUGCAAUGUUUUAUUGAUUAAAUUCGAUUCCGUACAGGCUAUCUUUAGAACGCCAAGAUUUGUGUAUAGUUUUAUUAAACAAAGAAAGGAAAGCAACAAUUGAUUCAAUUGUGUACAUGUUCUGUUCCAUUUCAUACUUUACAACCUAGUAUACAAUUUGAUUUUGUAGCACUUGUUGGACAUUUCUAGACCAUUUGUUCGAACCAAAAUUUGAACAAAUCAUAGAAAUGACACCACUUUUACCAACUAUACUAGAAUGUCAAUGAUGUUCAUAAACGUUAUUUCUGAUUCCGAUGCAUCCCCAAUAGCAAAGGUGGAGUUAUCAGUCUCGAUCGAUAUCGCUUUCUUAUUGACAAUAAAGUAAAAAGGUACAUGAUCUCAAGUGCUUAGAAUAUACGCGCUUCUAGCAACUCUUUGUUAAAUUCCACUAUACUUGGAAAGCUUUGACGAUGUAGAGCUAAAAAGCAUAAAGUCAACCUGGACAGAGCAUUCUUCCAUGACGGAGUAUCUGAGAUUAAUGGUUAGGAUAUAAAUAUACAUACUUAUGUUACGGUUUAAUGAAAACUAAAUGCGCUCUAAAGCAUACACUAAUAACUGCAAAGUAGAUUAUUGGUUUGUAACGCGACACAGCAAACAAAAGAUGACAUUAAAAUGGGCUAUGGUUAUUUGCUGCCAUAGCUUCUUAUUCAAAAAAGACAUAUUGUGGUUGAUGAAAAGAUAUAAAAGUAGUUAUUUUAUCCAACCGCGAAGACUCGUACUGCAUGUCAUAGCGCGAAGGAUCGCUUAAUGUGUCGACAGCUAUUUAUACAGAAAUAAACGUGUGUCGUUGUCUGUCCAAUGAUGUCUAUUUUGUCCAUCCAUACCAUAUUUUGCGGUCUAUGAUCGAGAUAAGAGAAAUACGCCUUGUUUGCUUUAAAGAGCCAUGAUACGGCAAAUGCGCCAAUCGCACGCACACACUUUCAAAACCAUCCACUCAACCAUCCGGAUAGGGCACU